AUGAACAGCCCCACCGAAUCCUCGGCGUACGACACUACAAACGACAGCAAAGCAAACAGCGACGACGACGACGAAGACGAUGAAGCAGAAGGGGAAGAAGAUGGCUCAAGAAACGCAACCGCUUCCUGGGCUCUCCCACCAAUGACCCUCUACUCCCCAGCCUUGUCCCGCGACCGCUUCAUCUCCCCCUUAAUUUCUCCCGCAGUCUUCAGCAACGCAGAUUCCUCUCCCGCAUCAACUCCUCGCCUCAAUGGAAUUUCACCGCUUCCCUCACCAUUCUUGCAAAGCAACAAUAGCAGAACUUCGCCUUUACCUUCCCCAUAUCUCCCAGCCAAAAAGCAGAAUCUCGCGAGCGCCGAAUUGCUCGCGCCGACUACAUAUAUGCCUCCACCACCAAAGGGAGCAAAGGAACCUUCUUCUACAGUCCAUUAUCCCAGCUGGUCGGAAAUCUCGGGAUUCGAUUUUGUGAAACGGGAGAAGAAAGCCGCAACGGCAACGGCAAUGGCAACGGCGGAGGAAGGUGAUGGCGAGGAUGGUGAGGGUGAUGAUGGGCAAGGGGAUGAGGAAGGGGAAGGGCAAGGCGACGAUGGAUGGAAACCUGUACCAGACAGUGCGGCGGGACGAUAYGAGUUGGCGACUUGA